CCUUGGUGAUUUUUCCUCCCUGGCUCCCUUCAUCCCAGAUCAUUGCUCUCAGCUGUAUGCCGUAUCCCUAGAGGCAAAUUAGCUUUUCUAAAUAUAACACAAAGCACCGGACUUCACCGCCAAUAUCUUCUCCCUCUCAGAAGCACACCUCGACCAGGGCCUCAAGUGGCAAUCACGACCUCGCGCUGUGAAAACCCGCGGGUGGCCUAAUCCUCCGCUGUACGGAAUGGAGACGCCUCAAAGAUGGCGGCUCACGCUCAGAGGCACCACUGGGCGAGGCCAUGUUUUCGGCCAGACAGCGUCUCUUAUGGGAACUGCGCCAUGUUGAUUGUUGGCACACGUAGCUUCCAAGGUAACUCAGAGCAUGCGCACUACCAACAGUUCUUGAGGGGAGGAGUUAGAGGGCAGACCGGAAGCGGAAGUGGUCCUCCACGAAGGCUUUUUCUCUGCUGGUGUCAGGAGUUUCUCCCCGUAUCAAUUGCAAGAGGUCUCUGAGAUACACUCAGCUUAUCUUGUCUGAUUAAAGAAAAUUAAAGAAAAAGGUUUUUUGGUGUCUCUGGGGAGCCCCUGGGUUAGAUCUUUAUCCAGACUCCAGCCUGCGUCUCUCCAGCAGCUCUGCUUGAGUUUACAGAUGUCUACAAAGCUUUAGGCUCCUGAGAGAUUAAAGUUUGAGACCCACCAUGACUAUGUCAGCUAAUCGGACCUCUCCCCAGAAAUCCCUGAUCCUGGUUCCAGAGGAACAUGACAAUUCAUUUGAGGGAUCGGUGUCCUUCAGGGAUGUCGCUGUAGAUUUCAGCAGAGAGGAGUGGCAGCAUCUAGACCUUGCUCAGAGAAACCUGUACCGGGAUGUGAUGCUGGAGACCUAUAGUCACCUGCUCUCUGUAGGGUAUGAAGUUCCCCAACCAGAAGUUUUCAUGUUGGAGCAAGGAAAGGAGCCAUGGGCAUUGCAGGGUGAGAGCCCACAUCAGAACUGUCCAGAAGAUUUGUGGCAGAUUGGUGACCAGAUAGAGAGCUAUCAGCAAAAAGAAAACAAAUCUUUAAGAGAUGUUGCUUUCAUCAAGAAAAUUUUGACAACAAAGAAGGAUUAUGAAUAUAAGGACAUUAGAAAAAUAAUUUAUGUGAGCCAAAACAUUCUUUCUCCAAAAAGAUCCCAUCAGUGUGACUCAUUUGGAAUUGCUUUCAAGCAUGCUUUAGAUUUACACAGUCAUUAUAGAAACAGUACCUCAAAGAACAUUAAUAAGAUUACUGAAUAUAGUAAAAUUUCUUACUAUACUGACCCUGAGUGUUCUCCAACAGGAGAGAAGUUAUGGGACCAUAAUCAAUGUGGAAAAAUUCUCAGCUAUAAACAAGCACCCUCUCAACAUCAGAAAAUUCAUACUGGGGAAAAACCUUAUGAAUGUGCUGAAUUUGGAAAGAUCUUCACCCAGAAGUCACAGCUCAGGGUACAUCUGAAAGUUCAUACAGGAGAAAAACUCUAUGUGUGCAUUGACUGUGGGAAGGCUUUUGUAAAGAAGCCAGAAUUCAUUACACAUCAGAGAGCCCAUACUAGAGAGAAGCCCUAUAAGUGCAGUGAAUGUGGAAAAGCUUUUUUCCAAGUGUCUUCUCUCUUAAGGCACCAGAGAAUUCAUACUGGAGAAAAACUUUAUGAAUGCAGUGAAUGUGGAAAAGGCUUCUCUUAUAACUCUGAUCUCAGUAUACAUCAAAAAAUUCAUACUGGAGAGAGACACCAUGAAUGUAAUGAUUGCGGCAAAGCAUUUACGCAAAAGUCUACACUCAAGAUGCAUCAAAAGAUUCAUACAGGUGAGCGAUCCUAUAUAUGUAUUGAAUGUGGACAGGCCUUCAUCCAGAAGACACACUUGAUUGCACACCGAAGGAUUCAUACUGGAGAAAAACCAUAUGAAUGCGAUAACUGUGGGAAGUCCUUCAUUUCUAAAUCACAGCUCCAGGUACAUCAACGAAUUCACACAAGAAUGAAACCCUUUAUAUAUACUGAAUAUGGGAAGAUCUUCAACAAUAGUUCCAACCUCAUUACACAUAAGAAAGUUCAAAUUAGAGAGAAAUCUUCCAUAUGCACUGAAUGUGGUAAGGCCUUUACUUACAGAUCAGAACUCAUUAUACAUCAGAGAAUUCACACUGGGGAAAAACCUUAUGAAUGUGGUGACUGUGGAAAAGCUUUUACUCAAAAGUCAGCACUCACAGUGCAUCAGAGAAUUCAUACAGGAGAAAAAUCAUAUGUAUGCAUGAAAUGUGGACUAGCCUUCAUCCAGAAGGCUCACUUGAUUGCACAUCAAAUAAUUCAUACAGGAGAGAAACCUUAUAAGUGUGGCCACUGUGGGAAAUCCUUUACUUCCAAGUCACAACUCCAUGUACAUAAACGAAUUCACACAGGAGAGAAACCUUAUAUGUGCACUAAAUGUGGGAAGGCAUUCACUAACAGGUCAAAUCUCAUUACACAUCAGAAAACUCAUACUGGAGAGAAGUCUUACAUAUGUCCUAAAUGUGGAAAAGCCUUCACACAAAGGUCAGACUUGAUUACACAUCAGAGAAUUCAUACUGGAGAGAAACCUUAUGAAUGUGGUACCUGUGGGAAAGCCUUUACCCAAAAAUCACACCUCAAUAUACAUCAGAAAAUUCAUACUGGAGAAAGGCAGUAUGAAUGCCAUGAAUGUGGGAAAGCCUUUAACCAGAAAUCAAUACUCAUUGUGCAUCAGAAAAUUCAUACAGGAGAGAAACCUUAUGUUUGCAGUGAGUGUGGAAGAGCUUUCAUCCGGAAAUCAAACUUCAUUACUCAUCAGAGAAUUCAUACUGGAGAGAAACCUUAUGAAUGCAAUGAUUGUGGGAAAUCCUUUACCUCAAAAUCUCAGCUCCUGGUACAUCAACCAAUUCAUACAGGAGAAAAACCAUAUGUGUGUGCUGUUUGUGGGAAAGCCUUUAGUGGCAGGUCAAAUCUCAGUAAACACCAGAAAACUCAUACUGGAGAAAAGCCCUACAUCUGUUCUGAAUGUGGGAAGACCUUCAGACAGAAGUCAGAGUUGAUUAUACAUCAUAGAAUUCACACUGGAGAGAAACCAUAUGAAUGCAGUGACUGUGGCAAAUCUUUCACUAAGAAAUCACAACUUCAAGUGCAUCAGCGAAUUCACACAGGAGAAAAGCCUUAUAUAUGUGCUGAGUGUGGGAAGGCUUUCACAGAUAGGUCGAAUUUGAAUAAACACCAGACAACACACACUGGAGACAAACCCUAUAAGUGUGUAGUCUGUGGGAAAGGCUUUGUCCAGAAAUCUGUGCUCAAUGUCCAUCAGAGUAUUCACACUUGAGAGGAACAGUAUAAGAAAAACUCAGAUCAGUUCUGAUUGUAUAUCAUUGAAUUUUUCCAGGAGGAAAAUAUGCGUAUUAUCAUAAGUAGAAAUACCCUAUCAAAAUGUUCCACAUUACUGAACAGAAGAGGGCCCAGAAUGAAGGGGACCCUUCCUACAUUGUCACCACCUUCAUUAAACCAUGAGGCAUUCAUCCUGGAAAAAAAGGGAUUUUGUCCAUUUGACAGAUUAAAGAAGGCUUCUCAUGAAAAAUAUGAUGGAACUGAGGCGCCUAGGUGGUUUUUCCGGUUGAGCAUCAAAUACUUGAUCUUGGCUCAGGUCUUGAUCUCAUGGUUGUGAGUUCGAGCCCUGUGUUGGGCUCUGCACUGGGCAUGGACCCUACUUACAAAAAAUAUGUAUGAAGCAACAUUGUUACCAAAUUCUGCAUAGGGAGGUUUGUUAUGUUAAUGAUAAUCCUGUUUACUAUGGAAUAGGUAAAGUGCUAACAAGCUAAAUGGUAGAACAACAUAUAAUACUGACAAACCCUAAGUUCUGUGAGAUGUUUGCUGCAGAACACAUCCACAUCGUCUUAACAGUUUCGGGUGUUUUUUCAUCCUUCUGUUGAAUCUAACAUGGUUGUGUAUAUCCAGCCCCCAUUGAGUAUUUCCGUCAGGGAAGAGAUAACUCAGCAAAAAAGCUUCUUCUGUGUAUGGACACAAACCUCAGAGUGUAUGUUGACCCAUUAUCCUUUAGCAUCAUGACUUCUAACCCUCCUUUAUCACCUAUCAGUAAGGUGUCUUUGACUCUCCUCAGUCCCUAGCACAAUGUCUUCUAAGCCCCAUAAGUGCAUUAGUGCUAAACACUGUGCUAACUGCCAUUAUCUCAUUUAGCUCCUGGCAUAGUGUUUUGUGAACCUCUACUAACCUCAAGAAAGCUGACCCUCAUUUAUCCUCCAACAUAGUGUUUUGUGAACCACCACUACCCUCAGGAAAGUUUCUGAGGUAAGAAUUUUUUUGUCAUUUUGAUCAACUUUCCAUCUAGUCUCCCUUUUGCUGUCAUAGUUCUUCCAGCUUAAUGACAUGACAUUUAUAAUAAUAACAAAUCAGUAACUAAUUUUAAAAACCUCAACAUUUGUUCAUGUCUUCUCUGUGUCCAUCUUCAUGCCAUGGGCUCCACAAGCACCUUCUCCCCCAUGUGCCUCAAACAUACUAGUUCAGGUCCUGCCUCAGGGCCUGUGCUCUAUCUACAGCACUCUCUUUGAAGAACAAAGUUCCUCAUAUCUCUGUGGUUAGCUCCUUCAUGUCUUCCAGGGGCCCUCUUCAUAGAGGAUCCUCUGCUUUCUUUCCUGCCUGGCUUAAAAUUUUGGUCCCCUUCCGACUAUGUCUUUAUCUAUAGCACUUAAUUCCAUGAUGCCCUGUGUAUUUUAAUUGUCAAUGGCUGCCACACUAGAAUGUUUUUCCCUAUUUUGUUCACCACUGUGACCCUUGACCUUUGCCUGACAACAACUAUUCCAUAAAUGCACAUUUUGGAGUGUUGACCCAGCCCAUCAUAAUUUCCCUUUGAUCUUUUAUGUAUUGCAGUUUAACCCUUUGAUCUUCUCUGUAUUGCAGCAUAAGAUGCUCCAAUGGGGAGAACCAACUUGCCUAAAACACCAGGCUUUUCAUCUCUAGCUUUUACCUGGGCUGUGCCUCCUUCCUGGUCCUAAAGCUGAAACAUUACCAUAAUCCUUUUGGCCUAAUGCCAGCCAAUUUAAAGAAGGGAAAACGGAGACAGUGGGAAUCCCAUAUAGAUGCUUGGUGUUCCAGGAUUUCUUACCAUGAUUCUGAAAUGCCACAGUGAGCUCCAAAAUCACUGCAGAAUUGUCUGCUCACUUUAGCAUACACAACCUUACCCCACCCCAGACCCUUACCUAUAGACCCAUUCCUCAUGCCCUGACAGGCCCAAAGUAAUAGAAGGUAGGGGCUGACAGCAAAUAGUGCAGACCUUCCUUGGAAGUUAGGUGACUGACCCAAGACUGGCAGCAGUGAUCUCUCAAAUCCAGGCAGAAGGUUUGAUUCAACACUUAGCUGCUGGGCAGCCAAAUUGGAAGCCUCAGAAUGGUUCCUCCAAGUCAGUCAACUGGUGAUAACUGGGAGUGGGAAGUAGUAGAGUUGUGCAGAUAUAAUGUUAAUCCAUUGGUAACCCCCUUUAUUUCACCCAGUACUGUAUCUGAGGCUUCUCUAAAUGUCUUAUAACCCAAAAUUCUGCCCCAACUUAAGAUGUUUGCUGACCCUUCAAGAAAGUGUGUGGAGACCUUGCCCCCUCCCCCCAUUUUACUCCAGUACUGUCUUUACCACCCCUCCUAAUUCCAGGAAAUGGUGUCUAGAGGUCUUUUCAUUACCUCCUCCACAUUUACCUCCAGCAUAAUGUCUGUUACUUCACCUGUGUUAAAGUCUAGUAACCUUCAUAUUCCCCAUGUAUUCUUACUUUCAUGUAGUAGUGGUUGAUGGCACUUACUUCAGUUCUCAGAUUAGAGAGCUGUGAUAUACCAUUCCCCCCCAUCCAACUAUUAAUAUCUUCUGAUACUUUCUCUUUACUUAUAGUAGGAUGGUUUGUGAUCUCCCUCCAUUACUUGUCCAUCACAACAGUGGUGACUAAUUACCAUUUCCCCACCUAGCAGUGUCUGUAAUGAUCCCCAACCCAGCAUGUGGUGAUGUCCUCAGUACCUUCUCUGAAGACUGUUAAGUGCCAUUAACCUGUUCCCCCCCCACAAUUAAGGUUAAGACUGAUAAUGCACCAUAAACUCCACAUUAUUCACCUGCAUUUUGGAAUCUUCAUUAUCACUCUUCCUGUAGGACCUCCAUUAAUAAUCAGCAAAAAGUCUAUAGAUGCCCAUUUCCCAGUAACACAGUAUCUGUGACCCCUCCAUUGAAUCCUGGUAGUAUUUGCUUUUCCCCUAUUGAUCCCUACUAACAAUGCUGAUUCCCCAUUGCCCAUGUUGCUUCAUGAGUCCUUUCUUCUCCAUAUCACCACUGUUUGCAUGGACAGGAAACCUGGAAGAGGGAGAAGGGUUGAGGAUGAGAUCCUGGCAUCAUAGACCCUCUGGGGAAUUAGUGGCCCAGAGUGGGGUGGAGAGGAUCUGAGGGCCCCAGGAGACCACAAACUGAGCUUCCUAUGAUGCAACCAGAAUAGUGAAGCCUCUGAGUGUGGAUUCAAGUCCUAGUGCCAAUGCUGGGGGAUUCUGGGCCAACCCAGCAAACUUUCCUCCUGGGCAUUAAUUGCCUCACCUAUAAAAUGGAAUUAUGGAGAAUGAAGUGACUUAAGGUAAAGUCCGGGCUUACUAAGGUAGCAGGACUAGUGGAGACCAGUGUGGGUAUCCUGUUAUUGUUAAUAACAUUACUAGUUAUAAAUUGACACAAGCAUCUGACCAACAUCUACAUGGCUGUGCCCAAACCUCACAGAGGGAAACGUUCUUUUGUUGUAAAUUACUUUCAGCUAUUUCUCUUUUAUAUGUAUUAUUAUACUGUAGUACUGAGAUAUAUUUUUAAAGUCACAUUUAUUGAGGUAUUUAUAUAAAAUAAUAUUCACCCUUUUUAGUAUACAAUUUUGAGUUUUGACAAAUGCAUACAAUUAUGUAAUCACCACCACAAUCAAGACAGAGCACAUUUCCCUCACUUCCCAAAAUUUCUUCCUGUCCCUUUUUAGGCAGUCUUGCUCCCUACUUCCAGCCUCUUACAGUCACUAGUUUGAUCUGUUUCUUGUCUCUAUAAUUUUACUUUUUCCAUAAUAUAGAAAUAUACGUGUAUCCAUAUGUAUGUAUGUACAUAUGUAUGUAUGUCCUCUUGAAUCUGACCUCUCAUUUUAUGAUGUAUUUGGGAUUCAUCCACAUGGUUGUAUAAGAUACAGACAGAAAAUAAGCUGAUGAAAAGAUGCUCAACAUCAUUAGUCAGGAAAAUGCAAAUUAAGACUGUGAUGAGAUACUACUACACACUUACAAGAAUGGCUUAAAAAUUUUUUUUUAAAUAGUACCAAAAGUUGUCAAGGAUGUAAAACAGUGGAAACUUUCAUGUGCUGCUCUUGGAAAGGUAAAGUAGUUUACCCACUCUGAACCAAAAUUGGUAAGGUCUUAUAAAAUUAGCCAUAUUUAACCUAGGGAAAUGAAAAGUUAUGUAUGGAUUGAGUUCACAGAAACUAUAUUCAGUUGCCAAAAGAUUGGGAACAACCCAAAUGUCAUCAGUGCCUGAGUAAUUCAACAAACCAUAGGACAUCUAUACAAGGGAAUACUACUUACCACAAAAGGGAAUGACUUACUGACACAAGCUACAACGUGGAUGAAUCUCAAACGUAUUACAUUUUACCAUGUAAUAAUUUAAAUUAUAUUUGAUAAAAGAUUAUUAGAUAUUAGAUUAUAAAUAUAGAUAGGUUUCUAUAAUUUUAUAUGUGCAUAUCAUUACAAACUAUAGUAAUAUUGUAUAUUUACAAUAUAUAGCACACUAUAAUAUUUAUUGUAUAUUCCUUAUAAUAAAAUGUUUAUUUUAUAU